GCAAGAAAUACAACUGCAUUGGCAAACAGACAGCGCCUAUUCAUAUACUGUAUGAAUACUGAUUGAUAAAAUCAGCCAUAAUUUACGUUCCCAAAUUUUAAAAAGUCAAAAAAAUAUCCAAAAAAGCAAAAUGAAUAAAGAAAAAAAACUAAUAGUCCUAAUUACACACUACACAAAUACAUAAAUAAAGUGACCAACCAGCAUUAAUUACGGAAGAAAAUCAACUAUGUUGCCCCUAUAUAAGUACUCUGUCUCCACUACAUGACUUCACUUACUAUCAAGUAUUAAGUAUAUCAAUAUACUCCAAUACUCGUUCUUUAGGGUAUCAAUGGCUUCUAUAAUCCUCCAUUUAUUCUUGUUAGUUUCCUCUCUUUUUUUUGUUAGUCAGGCUAGAAUCCCCGGAGUAUACUCGGGUGGCGGUUGGCAAACCGCCCAUGCUACCUUCUAUGGUGGCUCCGACGCCUCCGGAACCAUGGGGGGAGCUUGUGGGUAUGGAAACUUGUAUAGUCAAGGGUAUGGAGUAAAUACAGCUGCACUUAGUACAGCUCUAUUCAACAAUGGCCAAAGUUGUGGGUCAUGUUAUGAGCUCAAAUGUGCUAACGACCCGAGAUGGUGCCACCCAGGAAGCCCAUCCAUAUUCAUCACAGCCACUAACUUUUGCCCACCAAAUUAUGAAUUGCCCAGUGAUAAUGGUGGGUGGUGCAAUCCACCUCGCCCUCAUUUUGAUCUCGCCAUGCCUAUGUUUCUUAAGAUUGCUGAGUACCGGGCUGGCAUUGUUCCUGUUGCUUUCCGCAGAGUGCCAUGUAGAAAGCGUGGAGGAAUAAGGUUCACAAUCAACGGUUUCCGUUACUUUAAUUUGGUGUUGAUCACCAACGUCGCAGGUGCAGGUGAUAUCGUGAGUGCUAGUGUUAAAGGAUCAAGAACAGGAUGGAUGAGUAUGAGUCGCAAUUGGGGUCAAAAUUGGCAAUCAAAUGCAGUUUUGGUUGGACAAUCUCUCUCAUUUCGUGUCACCGCUAGUGAUCGUAGAACCGCCACUUCCUUUAACAUUGCUCCUUCUAAUUGGCAAUUUGGUCAAACUUUUAUCGGCAAAAACUUUAGAGCUUAACCCAAAAACCUUAUAAUCAUCGCAAAUUCUCAUCAAAGAUCGUCUCAUCGUAAAAUUGUUAAAACUUUUAAUUAGACUUUUUGUAUGAACUUGUCUCAUACUAGAUCUGCUUUAUGAUUAGUGCUCUCUCAUUUCUUGUGAAGUUAAUACGUUUUUCAUUUGGAUUAAAGGAAAUUAGGAGUGUUUUUUUUCUUUUGUAUUUUGAUAGUUACUUAUCUUUGAUUAAAUAUUCAGAAAACAAAAGCCGAAGUGGCCAAGGAUUAAAAAAAAAAAGUUAGCCCGCGGCUUUGAAUAUAAUACUUAGUUCGUUGUAUUUGCUAUAUAUAUUGAUCAACAUAUACAAUACAUGUACUUCUAUUUGCUUUUUUUUGUUAACUAAGUAUUUUUAUUGAUAUAAAAUGGAUACCGUUAAGGCUUA